AUGGACACUUUUGAUCUACAAGAAGAACUUCAAGCGCAGCAAGACCUGAGCAACUAUGAAAUCCGGAACGAACACGACAUACCCUCUAUGGAUCCGCGAGGCGUCGCCCACGUUCUUGAAAGGGCGGUUGAAGCUCUCGCCGAGUCGUCGGAAGCGAUCACAGACCCCGCUGUUUUCGACGCUUAUCGCAGCCUGCUCAAGCAUGCGGAGUCGCUACAGGGCGCCCUCAUGAACAAGAUACUAGACUCGAUCUCGUCCGCCUUCCAGGCGCAGGUAGAAGGAACGCUACGUGAUGUGGAGCACGAGGACCAGCGAACUGUGGCUGCACACAAAGCACCGCUCGAGAUGUACGCCUUUCUGCUUAACUGGUUUGUCACUGCGGCGGAGAAAGUGAAAGCUUCUGGUGAGGAGGACGCCGCUCCUGCAGCGCCAGCCCUAAAGGCAAGGAGAGGACGAGGCGGAAAGGCAGCUACUACGAGGACGGCGGCGAAGAAGAGUGCAGCGGAAUGGACGUGGGUGGACCAGAUACCAGCCACGCUCGCUCUUAUCAGCAAGGUGCUACGACUAAAGACGCAGAAGAUUUGGUUGACCACUGCGGAACGGGAUACCUUCAUCCAAUGCAUUACACGACCCGUGUAUCAUAUUACUGAAAGCGAGCAAUACAUGAAGGUGCAGCCGAUCCGGCUAGGUGUUUAUAAGGUGAUCUGUCUCGCGGUCAAACACCACGGCCACGCGUUGGCAGCCCAGAUCAGUAUAAUGCAGUCGCUGCAGUACUACGAGCAUCUGUCGGAGCCAAUGGCGGAGUGUUUGACGGUACUGGCGAAGGAAUUCGACCAUGCGCAGCUUGGGGAUGAGAUCCUGCGAGAAAUUGCUGGAAAGAGCUUCAAUGCACAGGACUCUAAAGGCCCGCGCGCAUUUUCGCGGUUCCUCAUUCGACUUGCCGAACUGACUCCACGAUCUGUGCUCAAGCAGAUCAGUCUGCUGCUCGGACACCUAGAUUCAGAGUCGUAUCCCAUGCGAAUGGCGAUUGUGGAAGUCAUCGGCAGCCUCAUCCGCGAACUCGCGCUCUCAUCGGACCUGACAACGGAUACGCACCAAGUCCAGAAGCAGCUGAACGGGCUGUACGAGCUGCUGCUAGAGCGCACGCUCGACCUCUCCUCCUACGUCCGCACCAAGGUGCUCGCAGUGCUCGCCCGCCUCUGCGAUCUGCCAGUCAAGUUUCCCAAGCAGCGGCUCGCGAUCACCCGCGCCGCCGUGGACUCACUCGAGGACAAGGCCGCGAGUGUACGCAAGGGCGCAGUUAUGCUCUUGGUCAAGCUCAUCGUCACGCAUCCAUACGGGCUCAUGCACGGUGGUCUUCUUAGUCUCCAGGAAUGGGAGGGGCGUUACAAGGAAGCCACUGAGAAGCUUGACGAAGUCGAGGGUGUGGUCGGGAAAGCCGUCGAACGUGAUGAAGGUGAGGAGGAGGGCGAGGAAGAGGAAGAUGAGACCGAGAAAGCCAAUGACGAUGAAGACGAACAGAGUGAUGACGAUGAUGAAUCCCCUCCGAAGGAGCGGUCGAGCAAGCGACGGCAGAAGGAGAAAGAUAGGUCCGAUGGUAUGGACGUAGAUGAGGACGAAGAGGAAAGUCAGGACGUCAAGAUGGAAGAGGACAAUGAGGAAGACAACUCACGAACACCAAAACCCAAACCCAAGUCGAAGAAAAGCAAGAGGUCAAGAAAAUCCGAACUCGACAUGGCUGCACUGACGAACGAACAAGUGGCACUUGCCGCCCUCGAGAGUAACCAGCUUCUCCAUCUACGCCUUCGCAAGAAGUACUAUGCGGAGGGUCUUAACUUUAUUCGUCAAGUGGAAGAGGGCAUGGAGAAUGCGGAGCGAUUGCUUGCAUCCACGAAUAAGCUCGAGGUCUUGGAAGCCAUUGAGUUUUUCCGUGUGACGUAUGAAUACCAAUUUGAUGGGGCACAGGCGGGCAUUCAGAAGAUGCUGCAUUUAAUUUGGGCCAAGGACAACAGUGCGACUUCGGAAGACGGCAAGGAGCUCAAGGGAGUCCGCUCACGUCUCCUAGAAUGCUACAGGAGUCUAUACUUCGAUCCUCUCCCCGACAUGGAGCCAAAACAGCAAGUAAAUCGUAUUGCCAAAAAUAUGAUAGAACUGACGUACGAUGCAACACUCGCAGACCUGACGAGCUUGGAAGAGAUGAUGCGCACGAUGAUGGACGAUAGUCAAAUACAUUCCGACGUUGUUGCGAAGCUGUGGCAAGUUUACAGCUCGGAGAGACUACUACCAGGACCUCAGAGACGAGGAGCCGCUAUCAUUCUUGGCAUGCUUGCUCUCGCUAAGCGAAGUGUCGUCGCUGAUCAUGUUGAGACGCUGGUCAAGGUGGGUUUGGGUAGUAAAGGCAAGGCAGAUUUGACGUUGGCAAGAUACACUUGCGUCGCCUUGCAGCGGCUGAACGGUAGCGCGAAGAAGGUCAAAGGGUCGCUCAUGGACAAAUCGUUAAGGCUGGAUAUGGAGAAUCCGCUCUUCCGAAAGCUGCAAGAUGCUGUUGAACAUCCCUGUCGUUCGAAAGAGUGGUUUGGCCUUGCGGAACAGGCUAUCAAUACAGUCUACGCUCUAGGCGAACGCCCGGAUAUCUUUUGUGAUAGUCUCAUUAAGGACCUGACAAAGCGAGCUUUUGGCCAGCAGAAUCGUGCGAAGACGCCGCCACUACGAGACCCGGAUACAAUGGAGGAGGAUGGCGCAGAAGUCGACCCUGACAAUACCGGCGAUCACGAUCAACUGGAAGAAGAAAAGGAUACUGGAGAUGCCUUCGCUCUCAGUCAGCUGCUCUUCGUAGUUGGGCAUGUCGCUAUCAAGCAUAUCGUUUACCUUGAGCUCGUCGAACGGGAAUGGAAGAGACAGAAGCACGAGAAUGAAGCAGCUGAAAAACAGGCGGCUGGUCGCAGAAGUUCCACGCGGGCAUCCAAGGAACGUGAAGAGCUUGACCAAGUCGCUGGUAAUGUGGAGGACGAGAUUGGCGAGCGGAUAGCGGCCAUUCGUGAAACCGAGUUGCUCUAUGGAUCAGAAUCCCUCUUGUCAAUAUACGGGCCAAUGUUGGUACAUAUUUGCGGAAGCCCGCAUAAGUUCAAGAACCGCACCCUUCGAGCAGCAGCGACUCUAGCGUUCAGCAAGUUCCUCUGCGUCAGCUCGCGCUUUUGUGACCAGCAUCACCAGUUACUUUUCAAGAUCCUUGAGACCUCCAAGGACGCCAAUAUCCGCAGUAAUAUUGUCAUCGCCCUUGGAGACGUUGCCGUGUCGUUCAACAGCAUUAUCGACGAGAAUAGUAACGAAUUAUACAAAGGCCUGUCCGACGGUGAUCUGAUCGUCAAGAAGAACACGCUCAUGGUGCUGACGCAUCUGAUUCUCAACGGCAUGAUCAAAGUUAAAGGCCAGCUCGGUGAAAUGGCGAAGUGUCUUGAAGAUGAGGACGAGCGGAUAGCGGACCUCGCUAAACUUUUCUUCAAAGACCUAUCGACCAAGGAGAAUGCGAUUUAUAACAACUUGCCAGAUGUUAUCAGCCACUUGUCUGUCGGUGCACAUGCUGUGGAAGAGCCUGUCUUUCAAAGUACUAUGCGAUACAUUUUCUCCUUCAUUGAAAAGGAGAAACAAGCGGAAAAUAUCGUAGAGAAGCUCUGCCAACGUUUCCACCUCUCCGAAGAUCCACGACAAUGGCGAGAUAUUGCUUUCUGCCUUUCGCUAUUACCCUUCAAAUCAGAGCGGUCAGUCAAAAAGCUCAUAGAAGGGCUGCAAUUCUACCGCGACAAGCUUCAUGAGGAAGCGGUCUAUAGUCGAUUCCAAGAGAUUCUCACCAAGGCCCGUUCCAAUAAGUCAUCUAACAAACCAGACGCAGAGCUCAACGAAUUCGAGCAAAUCCUCGAAGACCAUAAGCGACAGGGCGAGGAAGACCAGGAGUUCGAGAAGAGAGUAGAGGGCAAGAAGGCUGCAGCGAAGAAGCGGGCCACUCGCCGAACGGCGAGGAAGAAGGCGGCGCAGCGAGACGAGCGACACGAGGAGUCAGAGUGA